ACUCAACUCAGCUGAAUGCUGAUACUUCUGAUUUGUUUCGUGUCAUUGGGCAAGAAUUUUUUGACAAAAUAUGAAAUUACACAUGGGGAAAGGCUUCUACAUCAGCAAAGCGGUGGCAGUAACCUUUGUGGUUUUAGCUGCUGGCGCCGUGGCCACCAUCAUAGCCCUGACCGUGGUUUACUCUCAGGAGAAGUCCAAGAAAGAAGUGACAUCUCCAUCCACUGCCAGCCCUAUUACCACUACCUCCACCACCCUUACCCCCCCCACCUCCACCACGCCGUCCCCCCCAAAGGAGCCCUGGCAACGCUACAGACUUCCAGACUCUCUCGCUCCUGUCUCCUACAAUGUGACCCUAAGGCCCUGGCUGGAGCCCAACACAGACGGCCUGUACAUCUUCACCGGAAACUCCACAGUGGUCUUCAGAUGUGUGAGGGAAACUGACCUCAUCCUCAUCCACUCCAACAAGCUGAACCUCACCACCUUUGAGGGAUACCUUGCCAAGUUGAAGGGCCUGAACGGAGGCACUGCACCCAGCCUGAAAAAAACCUGGCUGGAGGUUCCCACUCAGUACCUGGUGGUCCAGCUCAAAAGCCCUCUGCAGGCCGGCAGCAUGUAUGAGCUCUUCACUGAGUUUGUUGGGGAGCUGUCUGACGACCUGGGAGGAUUCUACAGGAGUGAAUACAUUGAAGAUGGAGUGAAAAAAGUUAUGGCCACAACUCAAAUGCAGCCAACGGAUGCCAGGAAAGCCUUCCCUUGCUUCGAUGAGCCGGCUAUGAAAGCUGUGUUCCACUUGACUCUCAUUCACCCCCUGCACACUGUGGCUCUAUCCAAUGCCAUGAAUUACGACCCUGUUGACAUCACUAUGGAUGGCCAGAAUUUAAUCCUGACAAAAUUUGAACCUACAGAGAUUAUGUCAACCUACUUGCUGGCUUUUGUUGUAUGUGAUUUUAGCUACAAGGGGACGAAACCAGGUUCAGACAUUUUGAUCAGGAUUUGGGCUCGUAGGAAGGCCAUAGCAGAGGGCCAAGGAGACUAUGCCCUUGAGAAGACUGGACCCAUUCUGGUAUUCUUUGAGGACUACUACAACUCUUCCUACCCCUUGAACAAAUCAGACCAGAUCGCCAUUCCUGACUUCAGUGCUGGAGCCAUGGAGAACUGGGGCCUGAUCACCUACAGAGAGACGGCCCUCUUAUAUAAUCCUAAUGUGUCAUCCAAUGGAGACAAGGAGUGGGUGGCAACAGUCAUCUCCCAUGAGCUCGCUCACAUGUGGUUCGGAAAUUUGGUGACCAUGAAGUGGUGGAAUGACUUGUGGCUCAAUGAGGGAUUUGCCACCUACGUCUCUUAUCUUGGAGCCAACUAUGCUGAACCAGAUUGGAAUAUGAAAGAUUUAAUAGUUCUGAAUGAAAUAAUUGGUGUGAUGGCUGUGGAUGCUUUGGCCUCCUCACAUCCCCUUUCAUCCAAAGAGGAGGAUAUCCUGAAGCCAGAGCAAAUCAGUGAACUGUUUGACUCCAUCACAUACAGCAAGGGAGCUGCAGUCCUCAGGAUGCUCUCAGGGUUUAUCACUGAGAUCGUCUUCUCCAAAGGACUCCAUACAUACUUAGAGGAGUUCAAAUAUAAUAACACAGUCUACACAGACCUCUGGAAGCACCUGCAAAUGGCAGUUGAUCAUGCCGGCAUAUUGCUGCCCAACUCUGUGGAGGUUGUCAUGAACCGAUGGAUCCUACAAAUGGGGUUCCCUGUGGUCACCAUUGACACCAAGACCGGACGAAUCACCCAGAAACACUUCCUGUUGGAUCCAGACUCCGUUGUGGACAGACCCUCAGAGUUCAAUUAUGAGUGGUUUGUUCCUAUAACGUCGAUUAAGACUGGUGUAGCUAGUCAACUAUUCUGGCUUGUUAGCAAAGAAGCUACAAACAAGGACAUGAUUCUUGAUGUUAAAGAUUGGUUGGUGGCCAACAUAAAUAUGACAGGCUUCUAUAGAGUCAACUACGACUCUGAAAACUGGGAGCGUCUCCUCACCAAGCUGAGCUCCCAGCAUAAGGAUAUUCCAGUGAUCAACCGGGCUCAAAUUAUUGAUGAUGCUUUUAACCUUGCAAGGGCAAAGAUGGUGAACACAACUCUGGCUCUGAGGACUACCAAGUUCCUUAAUAAAGAAAUAGAAUAUAUGCCCUGGCAGACAGCCAGUCGCAACUUGGACUUUUUCUUCCUCAUGUUUGACCGCAGUGAAGUUUAUGGACCCAUGCAGGCUUACAUAAAGAAACAGGUCACACCUCUGUUUAACUACUUCAAAGUACUCACUCUCAACUGGACAAAAAUCCCUGAAAAGCACACUGACCAGUACAAUCAGGUGAAUGCAAUCUCUUUGGCCUGCAGUACUGGAGUGGAAGGCUGUAACAAUCUGACCAGUGGCUGGUUCAACGAGUGGAUGCAAAACCCUGUUAAAAACAACAUUAGUCCCAACUUGAAGUCCACAGUGUACUGCAGUGCAAUCGGAGGAGGAGGAGAGAAGGAGUGGGACUUUGCGUGGUCCAUGUACAAGAGCGCUACUAUCGCUUCAGAAGCUGAUAAACUUAUGUAUGCUCUGUCGUGCACCAAACAGCCUUGGCUGCUGAACAGGUAUCUGCAGUAUUGUCUGGACCCAGAGAAGAUCCGUAAGCAGGAUGCCGUCGUCACCAUUGUUUACAUUGCUAGUAACCCCAUCGGCCAGCCUCUGGCCUGGGACUUUGUCAGAUCCAACUGGAACCACAUAUUCAAUGACUAUGGUGGCGGAUCAUUAUCCUUUGGACGACUAAUUACUGGAGUGACCAAACGUUUCUCCACUGAGUUUGAGUACAAGCAGCUGCUGCAAUUCAAAGAAGACAACGCGGGGCAGUUCGGCUCGGCCACAGCAGCUCUUGAGCAGGCGCUGGAGAGAACCAAGGCCAACAUGAACUGGGUGGCCACGAACAAGAAACAGGUGCUUGAAUGGUUCAACAGCGAAGCCUCUUCCCCACUUUAGUAACCCAAACAAACUUUCUGUUACCCAGUUUUCAGAUUGUUCUAGAAACUUUUACUCCAACUAAAAUCCAAUUUGUUAUUAAAUAUUAUGUAUAUUCUGAAUGCAAUGGAGAAUUUUUUGUAAUGUAAAGUUUGAUAAAGCUGUGCUCUGGAUAAAGAUUAUUUGAUACCAAAAUGUAGUUUUGUGUGUGGAAAAUGUGUCAUUUGCUGUAUGUACUGUCUAACCCUGACAAAAUUUUAAACAUCGCUGAAUUUUUCGCAACGCAAAAAAUGUGUUAUCUUGUGCUCACCAGAUUUUUGCAUCUGCUGUGGAUGCCAGUCUAUGAAAUGAGAGCCAUUUUGCAUUGUAAUGUUUUGUACCUCCACAUUUAAAAAGUACUUGGAACAAGAACUUCUUAGAACAAAUAGAAGGAGUCAGAGACAUUCUCUGAGACCAAGCUGGGAUUUUAAAGAGGUUGCAGAGCAGCUCUAGACAUCUGGACAACAUCACACAUCACCUUGUUGACAUAAGAGUAGUGUAAAACAUAAAUUCACAAAGUGCAGCCAUCUUCCACUGUGGACUGACAUAGUUUUUGCCCAUAUUAAGUUCUGGUU